AUGGUUAAGGAAAAUUCUGAGUUCAAAUUAUGGCAUGACCCUUGGCUUAUAAAUGAGCCACUCAUCCAGAAAUUUGGAGUGGGUUUAAUCUCUAUCAUGCAGUCCUCUUCUCUUGCUGCUGUUGGAACCAUUAUUUCAAAUGGUCAAUGGUCGGUUGCCACUUCAAAUGAUCACCGUGCUGUGCACUUUAGGAGCUUGCUAUACUCUCGACAGAUUGGUGCUAAUGACAUAGUGUUUUGGAAUGGCGCCCACCCAGUCAAUUUGAAUGUCAUUUGGGAUUCUAUUAGGAGAAGAGGAACUCCUCCAGGCUGGCUUCCUCUUAUUUGGAAUAAGUUUCAUAUUCCUGCAUGCUCAUUCAUAUCUUGGUUGGCUUGUCGCGAGAGACUUCUAACAAAGGACCGAAUGCUUCUGUUCCAUAUGAAUACUAACCCCAGAUGUGCAUUAUGUUCUAGUAGCAAUGAAGACACGGAGCACCUUUUCUCCCAGUGCCCAUACUCCUAUUUGAUUUUCCGGGCGUGUCCGUUCAAUCCUAUUCUUGUUUGGAGAAGAUGGAUGCAGGGUGAUUUCUUUGAUGAGCCGAAAACUGCCUUCCAGAAAAACUUUGUUUUUCUUUAUAUCACUGUUGCAAUCUAUUUAAUUUGGAGGGAAAGAAACAGUAGAGUCCAUGAUGGUGGAAGUAUGCCAGUUGCUCAAUUAAUUAUGAUAGUAAAGCGUAUGGUGCGUGAGAAAUUGAGUACUUGUAAUGAUUUCCGUAGGGAACUAUCCAGAGAUCCUUCCUUAAGCCAUAUUCUGUACUAA